ACCAGAGCAGGUGAAAGCCAAAAUUAGACGUGUGUGUGCGUGUGUGUCUGGUUGCCGUUUUGGGCAGGCAAAUCCGCCGGCACUCAAGUUCAGAUUGUGUGCAGCUAAACUACUGGCACAGCAGACUCGUGAUUUCACAGGAACUGUGUUUCACAAGUUUUUAGCUUCAGGAAGAUGGAUCUAUCAGAUGAUCUAGAUGAUGACGAUGAUCUUCUUAAUGCUGCUAUCCAACUGAGCAUUCAGGAAUCUUAUAAAGACAUUGCCUCCUUUGGAAGUGUGGAACAUCAAAAGAUCUUGGAUGCAAUUUUCCGAGGAGAUCUUUUCGCUCUUGAGAAGCUGUGUGAUUAUCCUGCUGCAUUCACUGAGGUUGAUAGCAGAGGCUGGUACCCACUGCACCGAGCUGCUAUCCAGCAGUCUGUACAGGUGCUGGAGAUGGUCAUCUAUGGUUCUUACAGAUUAUCCUUAGAGAAAGAAACUGCGGAUGGGGAGACGGCAUUGAUUUUGGCUACUCAAGCCGGUCUGGUGGAGAUCGUGAGGACUCUGCUCGAACAUGGAGCUUCACCCAACAGGACCAACAGCAAGAACGAAUCUCCCUUAUUACUGGCUGUACGAACAGACUCAUUUGAAAUCGCUUUCACACUUCUAUCACGAGGCGCAUCGGUGAAUCAGGUCUGCCUUAAAAACUGGACGGCCAUUCACGAGGCUGCCAAGGUGGGCUGCACUGAUAUUCUUCAGCUCCUCCUGCAACGUGGAGGUAACGUACAUGAGGUAGACCAGAACGGGAUGACGCCAAUGGAGAUUGCUGCAGAAUGUGCCCGGGCAGAAGUGUUGGAUAUCCUCAUUCACUAUGGUGGAAAUGUAAAUGCUCAAGCGCCGAAUGGAGACAGUGUGCUGUAUGACGCCGCUGGUUCUGGAAAUCCUGACUGCAUUGAGCUUCUUCUCCAACAUGGUGCUGAUCCCAACAUCCCCAAUCUUUCCUCACGGCUUCCGAUCCACCGUGCGGCUUACGAAGGACAUUACCUGGCGCUGAGAAUGUUAAUCCCCGUAACCACAAAAGAAGCUCUCCAUCUCUCGGGCCAAAGCCCCCUUCAUUCAGCGGCAGACGGAGGUCACGUCCAGUGUCUGGAGUUCCUACUGGCGAAAGGCUUCGAUGUCAAUGCUCUUCUAGAAACGCACGUCUCUGAGAACUACGGGGACAUGAGACGGACCGCCUUGUACUUUGCCGUCUCCAAUGAAGAUGUGACCGGCACUCAGAUACUGUUAAACGCCGGAGCCAAAACCGACCUGGAUCCUCUACACUGUCUCCUAGUGGCGGUCAGAAGCGGAAGGUACGAGAUUGUCAAGUCGCUCUUGGCCAAGCUGGCUGACGUGAACUGUUAUUUCACAAUGGUCAAUGACACAGUGUUUCCUACUGCGCUACAAUACUGCCUGAAAGAUGAGAUGAUGAUGCGACUGCUUCUGAACAGCGGUUACGAUGCCGAAAAAUGCUUCUGUUGUCGUCAUGACUUAACAUGGGGUCGCUAUUCAGAACUUCCAAGUGAGAAGAUCCCAUUUUGUGAUUUCAUCAGCGUCUCUUCGCUCGCUCAACUCUCUGGAAGAGCUGUACGGGUUCUCCUGGAUUAUGUUAGUCAUGUUCCCAUCUGCUCCAAGAUGAGGAUGGUUCUGAGAAAGCAUAAGGAAUGGCCGGAAAUAUCUGAAAUUUUGGGAAACCCUCGUGCACUGAAGCACCUAUGCAGACUUGUUAUCAGAAGAGAGAUGACCCCAUGUAGGCUGGGUGACCCUGAGUUUAUACACUCAGGUCCUUUCCCACCUGGAUUGAAAGGCUACCUGAUGUGCAAAGAAUUUGAUCUAUAUGGAAGAAUCAUGUGUCAGGAGUGAUGCUCUUUUCCUAAAGAAAGAAAACUUGCAGGUUAAAGACUUAACAUUUUAAUGUUUUAGUUUAUGUGUACUGUAUUAGCUUUAAGGACACCAACAUCUUAGUUCUCCCCCUAAAACCUGAAAAAAUUGUUUAAGAUCCACAUAUUGUAGAAGGUUGACAUGACCAGAUUUUUCACCAUCUUCCAUCAAAACACUUCUUAAAAUACAUUUCACAAUACAAUGUUUUGGUGCUAUUUGUGCAAUAAAAUAAUGUUCCAUCUAAACAUUGCCAAAACAUGUUUAUUUUAAAUUAUAUCAAAUCAGAUCCUGUUCUAAGAGUUCAAUCAAGAUGUUCCAGUUGUUUUUGUGUAAAAAUGUACCACAGCACUCAUAAAACACAUAAGCGGUGUUUACUGCGUCUGUGUAACAUUGGACAUUUGAUUACACAUCAUCACCUCUGCGCUGUUAAGCCGCAGUACUCGAAUGCAUUAUCAAUAGUCAAAGUCAUUAAAAGCCGGUCAUAUCUAUUUAUAACUUUAUGUCCCAUUAAUAUCAACAAACAUGAUUGUUAACUUAUGAGAGGGAAACUUUGAACACGAGCACUAUCAUAAUCUCAAACGAUACAGGGACAAUUGUGACUAUCAUUAGACGCAUUAGUUUAUUGUAUACCCAAGGUUUAUUAUCAGUUACCGUACAAGUACACUUGAUAAUUUUACCUGAUAGAAAUGUUUAUGAUAAGUUCAAAAAUGUGAGCAUAUCAUGACAGUGCAAAUCUUCAAUAGUUGUGUUUUACAGUACAUAUAUACGUUCAAUCAGAUUGGCUUAAGAGGUCAUGAACUGUCUACAGUUUGCUUUGUCACACUGUAGACGUUUAUAUAUUACAUAACUCUCUUAUAAUCAAUGUACUUUUGAUUCAUUUAAUGAAAUUGUAUUUUAUGAUAUCAAAUAUUGCUCUGAAACACCAUCAAUCAAUAAA